AUGACCGACAUAGACCCAGCAGAUGAGGCAAUCUACCUUAUAGAGAUAAAUGAGCUAGUUAGGAACUACCUGAGCCAUCUGAAGUCAAACAAGACCAUUGCAGGCUGGGUGUCUGGAAGAAGUGCGCUUAAAAUUGAAAUUGACACUGGAAUUCCAAUUCAAAUACCAGACGGGACAGCCUACGACGACAUAAAGCAAGCAAAGAAAGAAGCUCUUCUCAAGUUCUUUGCCAAGCGUCCUUGGAUACAACUUCCAAACAGAGAGAACCCUUUCCCAAGAAUGAACCAAAUUCUCAAGGGUCUCCUUCACUUCUCGGGUCAGCCGUUCUACAUAACCUCAGAAGGCGACAUCCAACCAGUUCAGUAA